AUGAAUAGAGAUGCUAGUGGUGCUGGCGAUGCAUCGGCAUUGCCACUCAAUAGACAAUUAACCUUUACGAGUACGCCCAAGCAGAGAAAAACUCGAAAAUUCACGCUAUCUAAAUAUACAAUCUACCAAACAAAUGACCGAAUGUACAUUGUUGGGAGCAACAAGAGAGAAACGAUGUUCAGAAUAUUGGAAAUUGAUCUCUCAGUGCCCAAAGAUGAGCUGAGUGUACUAGAGGAUAACGUAUUCUUUACGAGAAACGAAAUAAUGAACGUACUUUCAGGUCUUGAAGAGGCAAAUGAUGACGGCCUACAAAAGAAACUUACAGGAUAUGGUUUGCUCGGUUUUAUUAAAUUUACGGACUGUUACUAUCUAAUUGUAAUAACAAAAAGAAGUCAUAUUGCUGUUCUCGGAGGACACUCUAUCUACCACAUUGAUGAGACAGAACUUGUGCCAAUUUCCAAUUCCUAUAAGAAGCCAGACAAAUACUCAAUAGAAGCCAGGUUCUUAUCUACUUUUCUCAAUUUGGAUCUAAGCAAGACCUUCUAUUUCAGCUAUACAUAUGAUAUCACAAAUACCUUACAAACCAAUUUACUCAGGGAAAAACUGAAAGCAGUUAACAGAGCAGACAUAUCAAUCCCCUCCGGAAUUACUGACUAUAAUGACAUGUUCAUGUGGAAUUUGAAUCUAUUGGAACCAGUUUUUCCGUGUAUUGACACUGUCUACGAUUGGUUUCAAGCGAUUAUACAUGGAUUCAUUGACCAAGUAAACGUUUCUGUUUGGGGUAGAAGUGUGUACAUCACAUUACUCGCAAGAAGGUCACAUCAUUUUGCUGGUGCAAGGUACCUAAAAAGGGGAGUAAAUAAUGAUGGCUACGUGGCAAAUGAAGUAGAAACUGAACAAAUAGUUUCUGACAUGAUUUUAACACCAUUUCAUCAGCCUGGAAAUGGCUACUUCGAUAGUGACCGAUACACAUCUUUUGUUCAGCACAGAGGUUCCAUACCUCUCUUCUGGUCUCAAGAAGCUUCUAAUCUAACGGCAAAACCACCCAUAGAAAUAAAUGUAGUAGAUCCUUUUUUCAGUUCGGCUGCUUUACAUUUUGACAGGCUAUUUCAACGUUAUGGUGGAGGUCCUAUCCAGAUUUUGAAUCUGAUCAAAACGAAAGAAAAAACACCUCGAGAAACAAAAUUACUCAAGGAGUUCGAGGCAUGUAUCAACUACUUGAGGGGAUGUUUAAAUGAUCCCGAAAAAUUACAAUACACUUCAUGGGAUAUGAGUCGAGCUUCGAAAUUGCAUGGGCAAGUCGUGAUUGAAUUCCUAGAGAAGUAUGCUGUCAAUACUCUGCAGACAACAGGUAUUUUUCACAAUGGCCGGGACUUUAGAGGAACCAAAAUUCAAGAAGGAAUUUGCAGGACAAAUUGUAUUGAUUGCUUAGAUAGGACAAACGCUGCGCAAUUUGUGAUUGGGAAACGUGCUUUGGGCUUGCAACUAAAAGCGUUGGGAAUUAUUGAUAGCGCUUUUUUAGAGUAUGACUCAGACAUUGUUAAUAUAUUGACGGAGCUAUUUCAUGACCAUGGUGAUACAAUUGCACUUCAAUAUGGUGGUUCUCAUUUGGUCAAUACGAUGGAAACAUACCGCAAGAUUAAUCAGUGGAGCUCACAUUCUCGCGAUAUGAUAGAGAGUAUAAGGAGGUUUUAUAGCAAUUCUUUUGUCGACGCACAAAGGCAAGACGCUAUUAAUCUCUUUCUCGGUCACUACGUAUGGAAAGAAGGACAUCCAAAACUUUGGGAAAUGAAUACGGAUUUCUAUUUGCAUAAUAUUUAUAAAAAUGGGAGUAGGAAGAGAAGUUAUGUCCAUUGGUGGAAUAUAUACCACACACGAAGUUUGAGUAGCCUGAUUGAGAAUGAAAUCAUUCUCGCAGAUAACGAUAUUACCCAAGAGAAAAUUCUUGAGAAUAUAAGAGGUUAUCCGGGAGCUUUUGACAAUUACUGGAAUGAAUAUUAUGUACCGCGAUUGUUGUCAUCCUUUGGUGAGCUUUUCGCAUUCAAUAUGAAUUCCACCAGAAGGUAUCAUUCAGUGGAGAAGCAGAAGGAUGAUGUAUCACCUUUUGUUUCUCGUAAACAAAGUUCGCUGAACAACAAACUAAAAACUAUUAUUGCAAAGAGCUUCGAAGAAGAGCAGGUAUCUUCAUCAAGUUUAGCUAGAUAUACACACGAUGACGAACAUGAACUCACCGAAAUCGAGCUCAACAUUCAAAUUGAGAGUCUAAAUUCUGUGCUCGCUCAGCUGGACGGUUUUGGUCAAAAAAUACAAUCAUCUAGUGGUGAAGAUGCCACAAUUCAAUUUGAUGGGAAUAACUUCCAAAAUGAGGCAGAAGAAACACUACACGCAUCUCUGAGACACAUUUCUAAAAACAUUAAAUUUGACAAGAGUUUUUAUGACGCAAAUAGUGAUUUCUCGACAUAUGAACCGUUGGGGUCUUAUGAAUCUUAUUUUAGAGUUGAUGAUUUUCAGGUUACCAUCGAGGACUCGAGCUUCUAUUCUUCUAUUAAUUUGGAGGAUAAUCGUUUAGAUACGUCUUUCACAUUAUAA